AUGUCGACAGUUACUACCCAGCUCGAGGCACCUACCGCGAGGUCUCGUUCAGUUCAUCUGAAAGUGGAAGCCAAGGAGCCAGUGUUCCCUGAUAUCAACACCAUUCGGAAGACUAUCCCACCUCAUUGCUUCCAACCGUCAGCAUGGAGGUCGAUGUCUUACGUUGUACGCGACUUGGCCAUGGCUGCCGCCCUCACAUAUGGGGCAUUGACCUACAUCCCGUCGGUGGACAACCCAGUCUACCGUACUAGUUUGUGGGUUGUGUACGGCUUCAUUCAGGGCCUUGUCGGCGUUGGGAUCUGGAUCUUGGCGCAUGAGUGCGGCCACGGCGCUUUCUCACUCCACCGAAACCUGAAUGAUGUUGUUGGUUGGGUCUUGCAUUCUCUGCUACUUGUGCCGUUCUUCUCCUGGAAGUUCUCUCACGCCCGCCACCACCGCUUCACCGGACACAUGCAGAAGGAUAUGGCCUUCGUGCCCAAGACCAGUCCCUCCUACCUCGUCCGAUCAGUAGGCAACGCGCUAAGCUCGUUUGUCGACCUUGAUGUCUUUGAAGAUGCGCCUAUUGUGAAUCUUUUUCGCUUGCUAGGCCAGCAACUAGGAGGAUGGCAAAUUUAUCUGCUCUUGAACGCAACUGCUGGCGAUGAUAGCAUGCAGAACAAGAAUGCUAAGUGGUGGAGACGCAGCCACUUCGACCCUUGGAGCGGAGUCUUCCGCCCCCAGGAAGCCAUCUACAUCCUUAUUUCCGACAUCGGCCUAGGACUUGUGUGCGCCGCUUUGUAUUACGCAUCGCUCGCUCUCGAUUGGCAGACAGUGUUCCUACUGUAUGGUGUUCCGUAUUUCUGGAUCAACCACUGGCUGGUUGCCAUCACGUACCUUCACCAUACUCAUAAAGAUGUCCCUCACUACGAUGGCGAGCGCUGGACUUUCGUGGCUGGAGCCCUCGCAACUGUCGACCGUGACUUUGGCUUCAUUGGUCGUCACGUCUUCCACGGCAUCAUCGACACCCACGUUGUUCACCAUUUGUUCUCCCGCAUACCCUUCUACUACGCAGAGGAGGCCACGAAUGCUAUCAAGCCGCUUCUUGGAGAACUUUACCACUGCGACGAGCGCUCUUUUAUGGCCUCGCUGUGGGAUACAUCCCGCACCUGCCAGUAUGUCGAAAACGACCCGGCCAACCCCGGAGUUAUGAAGUGGGCCAAAUAG